GAAGUUUUUACAUUUUUAACCGCGUUGUCCAGUUUGAGAGCGGACGUUUCUCUGACAGGGCGUGCUUUCUGAUGUCAGUCGCAAGCAAGCGCAGGAGGGUUCAAUCCACUGCCACUAAUUAAUUUCCGAGUUGCUCUCUGUGGGGAAAAACAAUCUAGGAACCGGACGAAGGCGCUGGGUGUUGGUCGGUCGCUCGGCAUUGUGGGCAGAGGGAGGCUGGAGGAUGAGCAGAACAGCACUGGGCCCUAUAGAGAGGAAGGACCCCUAACCACUGCCAUAGCACCUGUCCAGAGGUCAGCGAUGUGCCCGCAUCUGACGAGGCCUUGAGCUCCAACAUCGCCGAGGACAGCGGCGGACCCCAUCGUCUACUCCACGGGUCUGACCACACGCUGGGAGCCGGCGACCCCGCGGGGGUCAGAGAGGGGCGGGGCGUCACCAUGAUCGACCUGAGCUAUCUGACGGAGGAGGAGCAGGAGAUGAUUAUGGCCGUGCUGAAGAGGGAUGCGGAGCUGAAGCGGGCGGAGGAGGAACGAGUGAGGCAGUUGCAGACUCUGCUGCCCGACAGGGGGAAGCUGAAGUACAUGACCGGGGAGUGGUUUUAUGAGGCCAAGUCUCAGAGGCACCUGGACCGGAUCCACGGGUCGGACAUCAUCAGAGCCUCCAUGAAGCAAAGGAAACCAAUGACGCUGUUGGACCUGACCCAGUCAUGGAUGGAGAAGUCCAGCACGGCCAGCAAUGGGAACCAGGACAUCCCACCAGAACCUUUGGUACCCAAAGAGGACCCGCCAGCAGAGCCAAAGGAGGAGAGGGAAAGUGAUGUCUCCCCAGACCCACAGCCAGACAGACUGAAGCUAGCACUGCGAUCCCCUGCCAAGCAAAGGCACAACCCGUUCAACACUGUGCCGGUUGAGCUGGAGGCUCCCGGGGACACUGAGGAGCAGCUGAAUGGAGCCGUGGAGCCACGGGAGACACCUGAAGGGGAACCAUCAUCACCAUCCAAGACGCACAUACUCGGUCUCAUUGAUCUAAAUUCAGAAGGUUCCAGUGCUGCACAAAGUCAACACACAGAGUUUGCGCCGAUACCCAAAAAGAGAACAAUCAUUUUCGGACCCCAGGACUCUUUCUUAGACAGUGACAGCCCAUUCCCUUGGUGGGGUAACUGGAGGGACUCACACAGCCGAUCCACCCCUCCCAGGGGUAUCCUCAAACGCAGCCCAACCUUGAGCUCAGAGGAAUCCGGGCUGGUCCGGGACUCUGUUGCCAGGCAACCAGAACCGUCCCACCAGGGGAGAGAGCCAGGGGAUGCCACAUUAGCCAGUGAGAGAACAGAGGGGGGGACCUUAGCUGACUCUCUAGGCAAGAAGCUAGUGAAGCUCUCACCCAUGGUCAGCCCGACUGACUCUGAGAAAGCUUUUGAGCUGCAGGAAGGGCGAGAGCUAGGUGACCAUGACCUGCAGGAUCUGGAUGAGGGAGGAGAGCCAGUCAUGCUGAACAUGGGUAGCCAGGAAAGCAAAAGCAGAAAUGACCAUUCCAGCAGCACAGUGCUGGAGGGAGGGGAUUCCAGCUUGGCUGUUGCCAGGACUCUCCAGGACAAUGCAUUCUCCUCACUUCUGUCCAAAGAGCCAAAGCCAAGCUGGGCAAUCUGCUCAGAGCUGCCCCCUAGUGACAACACAUACUCUUACAUCUCUCAGCCCCAGACCAGCAGGGGCCUAAGUACCUGGGAUGAGGUGGGCAAGGGUGAGGCCUUGAAGAGCAGGUGGGAAACAGCCAUGUGGAGGCGAGAUGUAGGCCCACUCCAGACCCCUGUUGAUCAACAUGAGUAUCAUAUUGAAAGCAGACCCCCUCAGAUACUCUACCUCCUGUCCCGUGGAGAUGAGAAAGGUGAGCCAGUCCACACAGGGAUGGGAGGCCAAGAGGUCCUCCCCAAACUGACAGCACAGAGCCCAGAGCACACGGAGGAGGAGGGCGACUCCAUCGCCAAGGUCCUCGAGUGGUUCAGCCGGAGCGUCAACAGCAGCAACAGGCAGGACGAAGAUGUCCGUCAGAAGACCGUGGAAGAGUCAGAGGGCGAACCGGGGGGGCUGGAAGAUGAUGUCACCCAGAAAACCAUGACAGCGGAGGAUCUUCUCGCUCCAGAGGUGGAAUCUCCUAAGCUAAGGAGGCUGCAGUUAGAAAGAAGCUCCAGGGUAGAGGAACAGGACGUAGCCUGUAGAGAAAAAGUUGAGGAAGUACAGAUGAGUCCCGGUGAAUCUUCUGAACCCAUAAAGGAAGAGUCCACACCUGAGCACCACCCUGGUCACUCUUCCCUAAACACAGAGACGGCCUACCAACCAAGACGGCGUAUGUCCUCUGCCGACCUGAAACUCCUGAACAUAAAUAAAGAAAGAGCAAUGGACAAGAAAGAGGAAAGUGACAAAGACCUGAUGGCUGUCCCACUUAGUGCAGUCAUUAAGGAAGCUGAACCAGAAAUUAAAGAGAAGGAGGUGAGAGGUGAGAAACCACCUCAAAAGGUUGCCAACCUGAAGUCAUUCUGGGAGAGGGGAAACGGCAGCCCAAAAAUACUGAUCAGUAGAUUAAGUAUCGAUUCCAGAAGCAAUCAAACAAGGAAGGAGCCUGAAAACCAAAUUGAUGCUGGCAGAAAAAAUUCAGAAUCAGAUGUAGAUCUAUAUAAGACAGGGCAGGAAAUCUUACCUGAGCCUGAAGAGGAGCGUCUGGCCCCUGAAGAUGAGGAACACGAAUAUGAGAAGUAUGUUUCUCAUUUUAAAACUAACAAGGACAGUAGGCUGCUCCCUCCAUACGCUUACAGCAAGGAGAUGUCUGUCGACGCAGAGGAUGUCAUUAAUGAAGUGAGGGAGCAGUCGAGUCCACCCAUGACUCGAGAGGAUGCUCCAAAAAGAGUCAUGGGUAACUCAGGAGAAGUGGAACUUCCUUUUGCUCCGACGUCCUUGGACGAAACUCCACCCUCCUUUGAGAGCAGCAGCUUGCCAUUGGAUGAGAAUGAAGGGGCAGGGAAGUAUACUGCUAAGUGCGUUAUCAUUGAUGAGGAGGAGUGCACCUUGCCGGUGGAGGUGAAAGGAGAUGUUCAAACCAGCCCCCAAGGUGAGGAGAUACUGCCUGGGACAGUCUCUCCAUCCAGACAGAUUAUGACAGAACAGCAGAGCCCCCCAGCAGUGGUUAGACAAAGCCCCAGUCGACCUGAUGGUAGCAUCGGCAAGAUAAGGCACCUCCGAUCCUUUUGGGAAAGUGAGAAGAGCGGGCCCAAAGUCAUAGUUGGAAAACCAAAAGAAGAGGUAGCCGACGCCAAAGAAAAGAAAUUUCUAGAGGCCACACCUGCUCGUAUGAAUAAGAGACUUGCCACUUCAGAGUAUGACCUUAGGACAAUAGGUACCGAAGUAAGUGUCGAUGAUGAUGGAAGUGACGAUUCUUCACCGCUCAUGAACAGGCCUAACUUCACUGUCCUCUCGAUGAAGGAGAGAAUGGAAAAGGCUUCUACAGGCCAAACGCCAAGCAAUUCCCAGUUUAAAAAUCUCCGUGACUUCUGGGAUGGGGCAGCUUCAAACCAGCAGUAUCCUCGGCGACACUCUACAGACAAUAGGCCCCUCAGUCCACAAAGCUCACAAUCGAAAGUUCAGGAGUCAAGUUGCAUGUUCCAACAAAAGAGCAAAACAGCUGAAACAAAGCCUUACCUUAAUCCAAAUUAUUACCCCAGGCUGUCAUCCAAAGAUACGGAAAAAUCACAUGUUAAACCUUCCAGGGCUGAGAAUAGCCUUCUCAAAACCUAUUCCAUAGACAUCUCAUCCCCAAACAGACAGCCUAAGGAGAAAGAAAACCUCAGAUCUGCCUCACCACUGCGACAGCAAUCGGUACGCUCUGAUGGCUCGGAGCCUGUGGUGAGUAGACCUGCCAUUGAAGCAGCUCUGUCUCACACAGGGCAGGAGAAGACUGCUCAUCUCCACCAACCACAGAGAAGCUCUGAACAAAUCUCAUUGAAUGAAGCAAAGGCCCUCACAACCCAGAAGGACAAAGAGCUACAUCCUCACACAGUCAGAAGAAGCAGCUUGGGAAACAUGACCGGCAGUGUGAACCCUCUUCGGCGCGCCACCAGCAUGUAUGUCGUAAACCUGAGUGAAGCGGAGCUGAGCCAAACUUCCCCCGAGCAUUCUAGGAAGUCAAAAGAAAGACAGCAGCGGCAGGCUUCCUCUGACCGAUCCAGGAAGUCGAAUGAAGUGCGACACUGGCGAGCCCCGCCCGAAUAUUCCAGGAAGUCGAGCGAAGAACAGAUUCGAAGAGCUUCGCUUGACCGCUCCAGGAAGUCAGACGAAGCACAGCCUCGAAGAGCCUCACUCGACCACUCCAAGAAGUCAAGUGAAGAAAAACCCCAACAAGCUUUGCCCGAGUACUCCAGGCUGUUCCGUGAAGAACAGCCUCGAAGAUCAUCACUUGACCCCUCCAGGAAGUCGAAUGAAGACAAGCCCCAGCGAGCUUUACCUGAAUAUUCCAGGCUGUUCAGUGAAGAACGGCCUCCACAAGCAUCACUCGACCCCUCCAGGAAGUUGAGUGAAGACAAGCCCCAGCGAGCUUUACCUGAUUAUUCCAGGAAGUUAAAUGAAGAACAGCCUCGACGAGCUUCAGCAGACCGCUCCAGGCAGCUGAGUGAGGAACAGCCUCGGAGAGCUUCACUUGAUCAUUCCAGGAGGUCACAGGAAGCUCAGCAGAGAGUGAAGCAGCCAGCCUACAGGGAGACCCCAGAGAGGAGGCCGUCGGGGGCAUUGGGCGAGAACGAGACCCAGCAGACCCUGGCCAGGUCGUUCAUCCCCCGCGACUACCAGCACUACCUGGGGCUUCCAGAGAGGGCUGCCAUUGCCCCAUUCCAGAUCACCCCAGUUGUGAAGAAGCAGGAGGCGAGCAGGACCCCCGUACCCCAGGAUUCUGAGCUGGACCUGAGCGCAGGGUUUGGGCCCGUCAGAGCCAGCACUCCAGUGGCCUCAGAGGAGUCCCAGGUCAGAAAGAGCAGUGUGGGACAGCGCUCCUGGCAGUCUCCCCGAGGCCCAGAUGACAUUGAGUUCGACUCCUACAGGAGCAGCACACCCGAAACCUGGUCUCACUCUGGGGCAAGUUCAGCCUGUGAUGAUGAGGAUCAGAACCCUGUGAGACUGGCCCUGAAACGAGCUGCUCUCAAACCCUCCAAACCCUCCAUGUCCUCCUCCAAAAGUGUGGAGGACAUAACUGCACUGCCAACAAGAAAGGACCGAAGUAAAAUCACCCCAAGGCGUGAAUUAAUGCUUAGUAUGGAUGAUGUUUCCGCAGUGCCCUCCUUCCCCACCUCCUCCAUCUCUGACUCCAAUCAGAUGAAGAAGAUGAGCAAGUCUGUGCCCUCUUUCCUGCAAAAAGAGAGUGAUGGGAGGGACAGUGACUCCACCUCGGGGAGCAGUAUCUACAGUGGCAGACAGAUGAGGAUGGGCAGCUCUUUCACUAACCUUAGCAGCUCCUCUGGCAUGGCGUCUGUGUCCUCCGCCAGCGGCAGCGUGAUGAGUAUCUACAGCGGGGAUUUCGGCAGCGUGGAGGUCCGCGGGACCAUCCAGUUCUCCCUCAACUACGUGCAGAAGCUGAAGGAGUUCCACAUAUUUGUGGUUCGGUGCAGAGACCUGGCGGCCGUGGAUGUGGGGAGGAACCGAUCCAACCCGUAUGUGAAAUGUUACCUCUUACCUGACCAGCUGAAGCUGGGAAAGAGGAAAACAUCAGUGAAAAAGAAGACUCUUAAUCCAAACUUCAACGAAAUCCUCCGGUAUAGAAUCCGCAUGGAGACGCUCAAAACUCAGACACUCAACCUGUCUGUGUGGCAUAACGAUACAUUUGGACGAAACAGUUUUCUGGGUGAAGUGGAGGUGGAUCUGUCCAAGUGGGACUUUGGCAACACGCAGAUGAACAACUUCACCUUGAAACCGAGGACUCCAUCAGGCCCCCAGCCCUCAGAGUUCAGAGGAGAGAUGAGACUGGCCCUGCGUUUCCUGCCUCAGAUCACUUACAGUAACAGAACAUCCGACACAGGUGAAGUCCAUAUCUGGAUAAAAGACUGCAAGGAUCUUCCUAUCAUCAGGGGUACAUCUGUUGACCCCUUUGUGAAAUGCUUUGUACUGCCGGACACCAGCAGAAAGAGCCGACAGAAGACGCGCGUGCUUAAGAGGACGACUGGCCCGGCGUUCAACCACACCAUGGUCUACGACGGCUUCAGGACGGAGGAUCUGCCAGAGGCCUGCGUGGAGCUCACCGUCUGGGACCACGACCGCCUUGCCAAUCACUUUGUGGGAGGCCUGAGGCUGGGCCUGGGAACAGGUAAAAGCUACGGGGCAGCGGUGGACUGGAUGGACUCCAACGCAGCUGAAGCAAGUUUAUGGGAAAGGAUGAUGGAUUCUGCAAACGAAUGGGUAGAGGAUGUGCUGCCUUUGAGGAUGCUGACAAUGGCGAAAAAUGUGUGGAAAUAAAAAUGCCGCAGAUACGUACGUGAUCUGACAUAAGGACACAUGCAGAUUGGCCCAUUUUAAUAAAAUAUUGUGUGUAUAUUUGGCAAUAAAGCAGCGACAAAACUUGCUACAGCAAUAACUUAAAACACCGGAAUACAAAAAGACAAAACUG